CAACAUGACACAGAUAAGGCUUAUCUGCAAGUGAGAUAAGUUGAAGACGUGAGGGGGUCGGAUGAGGAGAUGGAGUGCCAUUGCGGCAUGUGACUUUGAGGUUAUUCAAGUAGACAAUCAGGGGACCUCAGAUAAAGUCUCUAUUCCGGCUCAAUACCAUAUUUUCAGCUUCCCCAGCUCGUUUGUGGAGAGGAACUGAGCUGUUGAUUGUCGUCGACUUGCGAUUGUUCUACUGCUAUUGUUGUUUCUGCCUCAGGCCACAAUGUCCCCCACUUCCACCUCAGCAAAAACACCGCCAAAGAAAGCCUGCAUCCUCCAUCCUCCAAUAUCUCGCCUACUCAGUUAACACAGAGAUGAUCAUCACCAUGGAAGGGAAAUACGCAUCCGAUCCCGAAUGGGCCUCCAUCCAACCCAUCCCUCUCAACGAUGGCUCAGACACUGGGGCGAUGCCGCUGGCGACAAUUGCCUACAGCGAUGAAUACAUCGAGGCGACUUCAUACCUCCGCGCCGUAAUGGCUGCCAACGAAAUGUCCGAAAGAGCUUUGAAACUCACUAAAGAUGUCAUCUCUAUGAAUCCGGCCCAUUACACUGUUUGGAUAUAUCGCGCCAAGAUCAUCUUUUCUCUGGGGAAGGAUCUGUUAGAGGAAUUGGAAUGGCUGAAUGGAGUCUCGCUUAAAUAUCUCAAGAAUUAUCAGAUCUGGUACGUUCGAGAACCAUGAACGAGGUAUCGAUGCUAACUCGUACAGGCACCAUCGCCAGGUCAUCAUGUCCUCGCGCGACCACUUUCCCACUCUCCCAGCAAAGGAGAUGGACUUUCUGAUGGAGAUGUUCGCCCAAGACUCAAAAAACUACCACGUCUGGACAUACCGCCACUGGCUCGUCCGACAUUUCGAACUGUGGGACUCUCCCCGCGAAAUCGCCGACAUCAACUCGCUCAUCAAUUCCGACGUGCGCAACAACUCCGCUUGGAACCACCGCUACAUGCUGCGGUUCGGACCACGCAGCGACCAGCCCGAUGGCGGCUUGGUCAACGCCAACGGCCCGCCCUCAGAGAAGGGCCGACUUGCUGUCGUCGAUGAGGAUCUGGUGGAUGAGGAGUUGCAGUAUGCCCAGGUGAAGAUCACCACUGCGCCCGAGAAUCGCAGUCCCUGGUCGUAUGCGCGAGGUGUCUUGCGAGCUGCCGGUCGGCCACUCUCGGAAUGGACUGAUUUUGCUCGGAAAUUCGUUGUCGAUAAUCGGGACGAUGAGGGUCAACUCAUUGAUGUUGAGGUGAAAAGCAGCCAUGCUGUCGAGUGGUUGGCCGAUGUAUAUGCGCAGAGCGGACCCGACGAGGCCGUGCGGAUGCUGAACUUGUUGAAGGAAAAGUACGAUCCAAUCCGGAAGAACUACUGGGAUUACCGGAUCAACCAGAUAUUGAAGCCGAAUGUUGAAGCGACAGCAUGAUCGUUCUAUGUGUAUACUUGAUGCAACAAUAUAUUCCCAAUGCCGAUGACUAUUUGAGUCUGUACGCCAAAAAAACAAAGCAAAGCAGCCAACCCCAGGUAGAAAAGAGAAAUCUAGUUUUCAUACCCCCAGCCCUCCUUCAACAUCUUCCUCCACUCCACCGCUGCAUCGAUGGUGACAUUACUUCCACCACAAACAACAAUAACCACGCGGCUCUGCGGACCCAGGUCCGGGACCAGCUCCUUCAACCGCGACUGCAGCGGCAAGGCCUCGGUCUUCAGCUCAUCAACCAACUCCUCAUCUUCAUUUUCUCCUGCAGACAGCCGGUCAUCCCCAUACCCCUCAUCGACCUCCCUCUUUCGCUUCUUCGUCGUCUUCAC